AUGCUUAAAGUAAAUAAACGGCGAGCACUGUCGCCUGUGAAGGCGAACACGGUCCCGAAACAGGCCUCCAAGAUAUCUCAAGUUCAAGAAGACCAAUCAAUCAAGGUUGUUGUCCGGGUGAGACCGUUAUUGGAGAGAGAGCUGGAAGGCUCACCUAAAUGUUUGGUUGAGGUCGAUAAGGAGCAAUUGAUCACAUUGACGCCAGAUCAGAGUUCUGCACAGGCCAGAAAGUACAGAGACGCACAGAACUUCAAGUUUAGCAAGUGUUUGUGGUCUUAUGACAGAAGAGCCAGUACUCCCUUUGCGGAUCAAGACACUGUUUUCACAGAGGUUGGGUUGGACAUGCUUGACAACACCAUCAACGGGUUCAACAGCUGUGUGAUGGCAUACGGACAAACUGGCUCGGGUAAGACGUUUACUAUGAUGGGGUCUAAGAACGAGAGAGGAUUGAUCCCGCUGGUCUGUGAGAGUCUGUUUACCAAGCUGAAGCAGCAGAUAGAUACCAAAUUCGAGGUCAAGGUCUCGUUUAUCGAGAUUUAUCAGGAGAACGUGGUUGACCUGCUGGGGACUGGAGAGAAGUUGCGGGUGAGAGAAAACAGCAACAGGGUCCCAUUUGUUGAAAACUUGAGUGAGUACACUGUUGGUAGCUCACAGGAAAUUAUGGAAUUGCUAGCCAAGGGAUUCGAUAAAAGAACCACCGCAGAAACACAUCUGAACAAACAAUCGUCGAGAUCGCACUCCAUUCUCACCGUGACUGUUGUGCAGGAACAGUUCGACCCGGACACAAACUCGUUUGUCAAGCUCAAGUCGAACUUGAAGCUGGUGGAUUUGGCUGGAUCGGAGAAGUUUGUUGCCAGCGACGGUCUUGAGAAGAUCAGACAACAGGAGGGAAGCAAGAUCAACAAGUCGCUUGUGACUUUGGGCCGGAUCCUGACUCUUUUGGCCGAGUCGCCAAAACAGAGAACGGUGAUACCGUACAGAGAAUCCAUCUUGACUUGGCUGUUGAAGGACAGCAUUGGAGGCAACUCGAAAACAACCAUGAUUGCAUGCAUCUCGCCCACCGACUUCGACGAAACCUUAAGCACACUUCGGUUUGCAACCAUCACGUCCAAGAUUGAGAAUAAAGUGAAAGUCAACAAAGAGCUACAAUUUGACAUGGACCAGAUGGUGGGCCAAUUUGAGCUCGAGAAGAAGAAACUUCUGCAAUGCAUCACGGACCUGAAGGAAUCAAGUACAGAGAAAGAUGAAGUGAAGAAGCUAGAAAAUUACGUCAAUUGGCAAAAUAACUACAUAGACACAUUGGCAUUCACCAACAAAGUGACGCUAAAGAAACUCGACGCCAACUUGAAGGCCAGCCAGGAAAGAAACAGACUGUUGAUGUCAUCGCUAAUUUCUGCUGUCAAACCAGCCGAACCAGAAGACUACGAAUUCGAUGAAUUUGAAGAAAUUAUCAAACAGGCACAGUACCUGGAUAUCGAGACACCGCUAGAAAAUUUGAAGAACGAUCUUCACAGCGAUUUGGUGAAGAAGUAUACAUUAGAACUUGUCGAAAAUGCUAUCUAA